CACAUGAUGCGAAAUCACAUGACAGUAAUAAGACGCUUUAACGUUCUCUGUGCUUUGCUUUGAUUUUACGAGUUUCUCCUUAGAAUGGCAGGCCAGUCGUGUCUUUUUGCGCUUAGCCUCACUGUUCUCUGUGGGGGAAUUGUUGCUCGGGCUUUCGGACAAUCUGCGUGGCAGCAAAGGAGAUCCGCUUUCACAAUAGACCCCGAGCCUCAGUUCAUUGAAAAGUAUUUUCCCCAAGUUCUGGACCACUUCAACUACAACAGCCUGGGCAACGGCACGUUUGCUCAGCGUUACCUCAUCACAGAUCAGUACUGGAGGAAGAACUAUGGACCAAUUUUUUUCUACACUGGCAAUGAAGGAGACAUAUGGGACUUUGCUCUGAACACUGGAUUCCUCACAGAAUUGGCAGCUGUGCAGGGCGCAUUGGUCAUUUUUGCUGAGCAUAGAUUUUAUGGGAAAUCUUUGCCUUUUGGGCAAGAAUCCUUUAACAUCCCACAGAUAGGGCUCUUGACUGUGGAGCAGGCCCUGGCUGACUAUGCCGUCAUGGUAACAGAGCUGAAGAAGGAAUUGGGUGCUCAAAAGUGCCCUGUUAUCGUAUUUGGAGGAAGCUAUGGUGGCAUGUUGAGCGUCUACAUGAGAAUAAGGUACCCUAACAUUGUUGCUGGGGCAUUAGCCGCCAGUGCUCCCAUCUUGUCCACGGCAGGAAUGGGUGACACCAGGCAGUUUUUCUGGGAUGUCACGGCGGAUUAUGAGAAUUAUAACCCAGCCUGUAAAGAUACAGUGAGAGAGGCAUUUCAGAAGCUGCAGACAUUGGCAGAGCAAGAAGACUACACACACAUCCAAUCAGCGUUUUCCCUGUGUAAGACUCCCUCCUCCCCUAAAGACAUCCACCAGCUGAAUGGCUUCCUGCGCAACGCCUUCACCUUACUGGCCAUGUUGGACUACCCGUAUAGCACUACCUUCAUUACUGCGCUGCCUGCGUUCCCUGUUAAGGUGGUGUGCGAUACCCUGUUGAAUGGAACUGAUGUGCUUUCAGCUCUUAGAGAUGCUGUCGGUAUUGUUUAUAACGCUACAGGGGAGCAGACCUGUUAUAACCUCUACUCGCUCUACGUGGAGUGUGCAGAUCCUACUGGCUGUGGCCUUGGUCUUAACAGCUUGGCCUGGGACUAUCAGGCCUGCACAGAGAUUGAGAUGUGCUUCGAGAGCAACAACGUGACUGACAUGUUCCCACCCAUGCCCUUUACCCAGAGAAUGAGGGAGGAUUACUGCGCAAAGCGUUGGGCGGUGGUGCCGCGCCCAGGCUGGCUCAGAACCCAGUACUGGGGGGAUGCUCUUUUAACAGCUAGCAAUAUCAUCUUCUCAAAUGGCGAUUUGGAUCCGUGGGCGAAUGGAGGGAUCAGGAAGUCACUAAGUCCAUCUUUGAUUGCCAUUAACAUUCCAGAGGGAGCUCAUCAUCUGGACCUAAGGGCAUCCAAUACAGCGGACCCUUCCUCUGUGGUUAAGGCGCGGCAGAGAGAGGCGGAACUCAUUGCACAGUGGGUGAAAACAUCCAGGGAAAAGAUGUUCUGAAUGUUUUGUAUCACUUGUGCUUUUAAGACACCCACUUCCCCCUCCCUGAGAAUUUUGCACAAAAAACGCACAACAGCUUUGAGAAAUAGGCUUUUAUUGACAAAAGGUUCUUUUUUUUACAAGCUCAUGAUUACACACUUUCCAGUUUCAGUUCCAGAAGUUAGCCUCGCUAGAGUCCCAAAUCGCCAGCUUAGGCACUUGCCUCCCUUAAUUAGCAAUACGCUCACCAUUAACAAGCCAUAAUGGCUGCGCCAAGGACCCCAAUAUGUUUUCCUAAAAAAUCUUUAAAAUUACAAUACAUCUUUGGUCAGUGAUUAAGAUUUGUCAAUAUCCAUUAGGUUUAAGAAAAUCAACACACCACUGGGGUGUGGUGGAAAAAUAAAACGGAUGAAAAGCCCUUUGUUUUAAAUGGGAGACAAAUGUUUGCUUUAUUAUAAUUUAAAAAAAAAAAAAAAA